AUGUCCUCAAUAACCACAGCAAUCCCCUCAGGCACAAUAAAAGAAUGGUGCAUAUACUCCCUCUACGACUUCAACGACGAACUAAACACCUGCGCAAACUCCACCCGCGGAACAACCCCCUCCGACUUCGCGACAAUCUGCUGCGACGGCUGGAUCAUAGAUUCCACAUUCGACCUCUAUGAAUACCACCCCAACCGCACCACUGAAACCUACAUAUCCCUCGAAAAUCUCCUCUGCUGCCGCGUCCAAGGACCUCAACAAGGUGGAAUCCUCCCCCUAAUCCCCAACAACAACGGCCAGCAGACAUGCACAACAGGAACUCCCACCCCCCUAGCAAGUCUAGUAGCGACUAAUAUCCACAACGCCCAAAAUUACGCCGUCACAUAUACCAGUGCGUCUUUUGGGGGGUCUUCGGGGGAUGUUGUGGGGGAUUAUAUCCCUACGAAGACGCCGUAUUGUUUGUGGGCGGAUACUGCGCAUGGGAUUGCUAUGCAGAGUGUUACGGUUGAUGGAGCGAGGAUUCUGACUUUACCUCCUGCUACGACGGAUCGAUGGGGGGAUGCUAUUACGACUGCUUCGAGCGAAGUGACUUCUUUUGGUGCUUCGGAUGCGUCUGCGGCUUCUUCUUCUCCGACGACGACGACGUCUUCAGCAGCGGGCAGUUCGAUUAUGUCGCGUGUUAAAUGGUUAGAGAUUCCCGGGAUCGUGGGGUUGGUUUUUAUGACCUUUUCUAUUUAA